CAGUCAACAUUUUCUUUUGGAAGUAACCCUGUUUUCCAUUUGGAAUUUUGUUUUGUCGUGGGCCGCGUCUGGAGGAUUGUCUGUCUACCUGUGAGCAUGGCCUUGGCAAAAUCUAGCUUCCUUUAAGCAUUUCCCACAAUCUCAACAGGAAUUGUUUGGGUACAGCAGCCACUAUGUCUGUUGGUUUAACAUUCCGAAAAUAAACAUGAUGAAGACUGAGUGUUCAGGGGAAAGAUCAACCCUCCGAAGUGCCUCUCCUCACAGGAAUGCUUAUAGAACUGAGUUCCAGGCAUUGAAAAGCACCUUUGACAAGCCUAAGUCAGAUGGCGAACAAAAGACAACAGAAGAAGGAGAGGCUUCUCAGCAAACCAGGGGAAGGAAAUAUGGAUCUAAUGUCAACAGGAUUAAAAAUUUAUUCAUGCAAAUGGGCAUGGAGCCCAAUGAGAAUGCUGGUAGCAUGGCAAAAACCAGAGGUAAAGGUGGCCCUGUAUCCCCUCAAAGAAGAAUUAGACCUAAAGAGUUUGUGGAGAAGGGAGAUGGGUCAGUUGUGAAAUUAGAGUCUUCAGUUUCUGAAAGGAUUAGUAGGUUUGAUGCUAUGCAUGAUGGUCCCUCUUAUUCCAAAUUUACCGAAACACGGAAGUUGUUCGAAAGAAAUACCCGUGAACCAGGGCAUUCCAAUCGCUACUCCCCAAAGAAAGAGAGGUCAGUUUCUAAUAAUGAACUUCAAGAUGAAUUGUGCAGUUCUAAGUCUAACAGAGGAAGUUCAGAUUCACUGGACAGUCUUAGUUCAAGGACAGAGGCUGUUUCUCCAACGGUGAGUCAACUUAGUGCCGUCUUUGAAAAUACUGAUUCACAAAAAAAUGUCCUGGAAAAGGCUCAGAAUGAUGAAGAGUACUCUGUAACUGGUCACUAUCCAUUAAACCUUUCUUCAGUUGAGACAGAUUUGUCUUCCACUGUUUCAAACCUUGAUAAUUUUAGCCCCAUAAAAGAUGCCAGUGCUUGGCCUCCAGUAGCCGAACAAAGCACUGCUACAGCAUCUGUUGAGAAUUCUCAGGAAGUGAGCAGUAAGUCAUCAUUGGUUAAUGAUGUUUCUAAAAGCUCUUCACCUAUUUUAAAAACAAGUGGAAUACAAAAUAAGGGUACCUGUUAUGAAUCUGUCGACACACAUGAAACAACUCAGCAAGAACCAACAGAUGGGCUUGACAGGCAGAGUGCGGGUGAGACCUUUAUGAAGAAUAAGGCAGACACAGAACCUGAAGUAACGUCUUCACAGCAAAAACAGUUCUCAGAUGGAGGUGAAACUGCGGAAGUAUCAGGAAACUUAAUAGCUGGUGAUGACAUUGCAGUUGCUGAAACUUCACAUUCUGUCGGCUCCCACUGCAAAAAUACAAAUGGAAAGGAAGCACAGGAAGACCUGAAUAACUUUCAGAGUUCUCAUGUGUAUAUGCACUCUGAUUACAACGUUUACAGGGUACGAUCAAGAUACAGUUCUGACUGGGGGGAGACAGGAACAGAACAAGAUGAUCAGGAAGACAGUGAUGAAAAUUAUUGUUAUGAACCUGACACAGGAAGUUCUGAAAUUACUGGAUUGCCGGAAGAAGAUGAAAUCCCAGCAAAGAGAAAAAUUAAGUUUAGCACUGCUCCAAUAAAGGUUUUUAACACAUACUCUAACGAAGACUAUGACAGGAGAAAUGAUGAAGUUGACCCAGUGGCAGCCUCAGCUGAGUAUGAACUUGAAAAACGUGUGGAGAAACUGGAACUCUUCCCAGUAGAGCUUGAAAAAGAUGAAGAUGGACUUGGCAUCAGUAUUAUUGGAAUGGGUGUUGGAGCAGAUGCAGGCCUUGAGAAACUGGGCAUUUUCGUCAAAACUGUAACAGAAGGUGGGGCAGCCGAAAGAGAUGGCAGGAUCCAAGUGAAUGACCAAAUUGUAGAAGUUGAUGGAAUCAGUCUGGUUGGUGUGACACAAAACUUUGCUGCAACUGUUCUCAGAAAUACCAAAGGAAAAGUCAGGUUUAUAAUUGGCAGAGAAAAGCCAGGACAAGUAAGCGAAGUGGCUCAGUUGAUUAGCCAAACCCUUGAGCAGGAGCGUCGCCAGAGAGAGCUUUUGGAACAACAUUAUGCACAAUAUGACGCAGAUGAUGACGAGAUAUGGAGAAAUAUGGAGAAUGUUUUCCAGAGAACUGAAAGAAAAUUGCAUGGAGCCUCAGGCAACUACAAUAAAAAUAACAACUGUUACCCUAAAAAGACAGGGGAAUAUGCCACUGAUGAAGAUGAGGAUGAUAUGGGGCCUAUCCUUCCAGGAGGAGAUAUGGCCAUUGAAGUGUUUGAGCUUCCUGAAAAUGAUGACAUGUUUUCUCCAGCAGAAUUGGACACUAGCAAACUGGCUCACAAAUUCAAAGAGCUGCAAAUCAAGCAUGCCGUUACAGAAGCUGAGAUUCAGAAGCUGAAAACAAAGCUACAAGCUGCUGAGAAUGAGAAAGUAAGAUGGGAGUUGGAAAAGAACCAGCUUCAGCAGAACAUUGAAGAGAACAAGGACAGGAUGAUGAAGCUCGAGAGCUACUGGAUUGAGGCACAAACCCUGUGUCAUACUGUCAAUGAACAUCUGAAGGAGACCCAGAGCCAGUAUCAGGCCCUUGAGAAGAAAUACAACAAAGCCAAGAAACUGAUUAAGGACUUUCAGCAGAAAGAACUUGAGUUUAUCAAACGACAAGAAGCUGAAAGGAAAAAAAUUGAAGAUCUAGAGAAAGCUCAUUUUGUAGAAGUCCAAAGUUUACAAGCUCGUAUUAGAGAACUUGAAACAGACGUUUUCAGGCUACUGAAGCAAAAUGGGAGCCAAGUUAACAAUAACAACAACAUUUUCGAAAAGCAGACAUCUCUUGGAGAAGUCUCAAGAGGAGAUACAAUGGAAAACCUAGAUGGAAAGCAGGUGUCUUGCCUGGAUGCCUUAAGUCAAGAUUUUAAUGAAGCAGUACCAGAGACAGAAAGGCUGGAUUCUAAAGCACUGAAGACACGUGUGCAGCUUUCAGUGAAGAACAAAAGGUCAAGACCAACUAGAACAAGACUCUAUGAUAGCAUCAGCUCCACAGAUGGAGAGGACAGCCUUGAAAGAAAGCCAUCGUACAGUUAUGGUAGCCCCAUGCACAUUACCAAAUCACCUCUGCCCAUAUGCAUAAGAACAUCCUCACCAGCAUCAGAUUCUGGUGCUUCCUCCCUUUCCCCCGUGGCUAGCAGCGCAACAUUCGCAUUUGACAAAAGAAACGGAAACCGGGAUGAAGAAGAACAGGAUGUGAAUUUCUUGUGUUCUCAUGGAAGUAGUCCACUUUCCUCACCUUCAAAGUCCUGUCAGAGCUACGAAGCAUCACCCGUGCAUCAUCCAGCCACCAGGAAUAUCUUCCAUCAUGAAGAUGGUGCCACAGGUGUCCAUUCACCAAGAGCAUGCAGCCCUUCUCUGGGGCAUAUAAGAACUAUAAAACAAACAUCUAUAGACCUUGGGGUUCACUUGAAAAGGAGUUCUAAUAAGGGCAAGAAGCGAAGAGAGAAAGAACCAGUUAGGGUCUCCACUGGCUGCAGGACAACUAAGGAGCUCUUGGAGUGCUCAGCAAAUCGACCCUCUUUAAUCAAGCGGUCUUCCUCUCUCCCAUUUACAUGGUACGGAGAGAGCAGCAGGAGAUCCAACUCUUCCAGCAAUCUGCCUUCACCUACCAGCUCAACUGAUCCCUCUUCUGAAAAUCAAAGCCCAGCUAAAAAGGGGUCCAAGAGCUUCACUUUCAAUGAUGACUUCAGUCCAAGUAGUACGAGCUCAGCUGAUCUGAGUGGAUUAGGAACCGAAACCAAGACCCCAGGAUUUUCACACUCCAUAGCACUGUCAUCUGAUGAGAGCUUGGAUAUGAUUGAUGAUGAGAUCCUUGAUGAAGGGCAGUCUCCGAAGCAUAUUCAGUCCUCACAUAGCGCCGUUCAGGAGUGGAGUGUGCAGCAAGUUUCCAACUGGUUAAUAAGCCUGAAUUUAGAACAAUAUGUUCCUGAAUUCAAUGCCCAAAACAUAAAUGGAGAACAUCUCCUACAGCUGGAUGGCAGCAAACUUAAGGCCCUUGGUAUGACUUCUUCACAGGACAGAGCUGUUGUUAAGAAGAAAAUUAAAGAAGCAAAAGUGUUGAUAGAGAAAACACGCAGAGCUCAAGAGAAGAUGGAGAAGCAAAGGGAAAAACUUCGGAAGAAGGAAAAAGAGCAACUGCAGAGGAAAUCCCGAAAGCCGGAAAAGAGAUCAGCAGAUACAACAGAAGGCACUAAUGAGCAGUGACAUCCUGAGAAUUAACUCUUUUUUUUGGAACAUGAAGACAGUUUCUAGAGAGAAACUCAAAGGUUCCUUAGAGUUUCCUUCAUUACAGAAGAAAACAAUGUAUUUCCUUCCUAUCUUCAUUACACAGAGCUCUGUACCCCAUGUUUGGGUCUAUAAUUAGAAUAAAUGGGGAAUUGAAUACUGUAUAAAUAAACUUUGUUGUAGAACAUGCUGGUACUUUUGACAUAGUCAGCAGCCCAAAACUAUGACUUUUUUUUUUUGGACUAGCAAACCAGCUGUUCAACUUGGGUCCAGCACUGAGAGCUUUUUGUUCCCCACUCCCCACAAGUUGUCCUCAUCUGUAUUGUGCUAGUUUUGUCUGCUCCUUUUCAUGAUCAGUAGGACACAGUAUUGCAUAGUUGGUGAUGCUACAAUACAAAUGUAUUAGCAUCCUUGGAAAUGGGUGGUACCCAAGAAGCUUCAAUAGACCAUGAAAGCAAGUAAACUGGAAUUCACUGCAUAUCGCUUACCACUGAGUUUUAAGGAAAUAACUACUUGCUUCGGCAAUUUUUAAGUCUUUUCUUCUGAAAGCUGGCUUUGGCUCAUGUCAGAGGUGUUCAUUCCCUGUCCCUUUGCAGGAUGGUUUCAGGAAGGACUUGAAAUAAUAACUGUGAAGAAGAGUCAGAAACAUCAGUGAAAUGUCCUUUCUGUUCAUUAAGCAGGAAGGCAUGCUCCUCUUCCUCUCACCGUGACCCUCUUGUGAAUUACAUAGCAAUUUGGCUCAAAAAGGAAGCAAAGCCUUAACUUCCUUAUGUGGGACUGGAGAGUAACAUUUACCCUCUGGGUAUCUGAGUAAAACUGGAGUUAUGAGGCAGUUAGCUUGUAUUCGACUUCAACAGUACAGGUUUAUGUGGGGUGUGUGUGUGUGUGUUUUAUUAUUUUAUUAUUAUUAUUAUUAUUAUUUUGAGGGAGUUAACCUUCUGGAAUCAGGUCAUAAACCUCUUUUUCCCCCAAACAGUAAGUUCACAGAAAACUAUUUUGGGUUUCUUUUGUAAGAAAUAUGUACCACCCCCUAUAUUUGUUUGGAGCACUUGGCAUAGGCCAGCACGCUUUCCUUUCAGAUUUCACAUAAGGUGGCAUUUUCCACUGUCUCAGCUGCAGCUCUGCCCUCUCCCAAAGGCCAAGAUGGCAGCUCAUUAACAAGAUGGAAGAGAUGGAGGCUCUCAGCCAACUUUCUUGAUGAUGAAGUAGCCCAGCAGUGUCCUGAGGCCUCCAUGAAAGUGGAGUUUUAUCUGCUCCACCAGCAUUAUAUAGAACUCUGGCCAGAUGGGUGGGGUGGGGAAGUAGUGGAUGAGGCCAAUUAAAUAAUGUUAUUAAAGAGUUGGUGUUUCAACUGCUGCUGUUGACUUCCAAAUAGAAGUCUAGUAAAGAGAUUUUCCCCUUCUCUAGAAUAUGCAUCUUUAAAAAGAUAAAGAAGGAAAUACUGAGUAAGACAGUGUGACUUUUUAAAAGUUAUAAUGUAGUGUCCUGGUAGUAAAUGAUGUAGUAAGAAAACUAAAGCAUAAAAAUGCAACCCCAGAUUUUUUUAAGCAGAGUAGCUAAGUAGGUUCUACUAAAUCUCAAUUUUAAAAAAUACAUGGUGCAAGGAAUAUUAUCCAGUCUGUCGACAUUAUUUUAGAUAUCACAUAAAUUUUAUCUGGAAAUAUUUUGUCACCUGUUUGACUCCUUUCUUUGAAAUCAACAGGACUUCACACAUUUUUAACUUUGCUGGGUUGCGCCCUUCAGUAUUUCAUCAACUCAUGACUCUUGUUUCACCCAGUGAAGGAAUAAAAAUGGGAUAUGAUUCCACCAUUCUGUGGUUAAAUUUGUUGAUUAGUCAACUACUGAUGCUGCAGUUUCACAGGAUGAGGCACUAAAGCUGUGGUGAGACAGAGACUCUGUUUCAAAUGAUUAAUGCUUUCAAAUGGAAUCUUGAGAACUCCACAUAUGGCCUUUGCAUCUGUAUUUGCUUUAAAGACUAUCUGGAUUUAACAUACAUGCUGUAAGCUGUUUUCUGAACUGUGAGAAGUCAGGUGUCCAACCCCCACCACCUCCACAAUAGUUUUUUUUUGGGGGGGGGAGUAUGUGUUUACACACAUUGUUGUUUGUGAUUGGCUUCCUUCAAAAUAGCAGUACAUUACUCCUCCUGCCAUGCCGCUGCAUUAGUUUCAUGUUGCUGAUAUAACAUUCAAAUUUAAAUCUGCAGCUAGGAUAACAAAGCUAUGCCGACACUUCGUUAGAUAGCUAUAGUUCUGGUAGGUCAUAGCACUUGGUUUUGCUGCCAAACAAUUAGAAGAAUCAAAGUUGUAGCAGCGAUCCACUUCAGGAAGCAAAUGCAAGAGAAAAUCUAAUAAGAGACCUGGUUAAACUAGUGUUCUUGGUUUAUUUUAGAAGGCUGGAAGGUUAUGCUUAGAUAAGAGAGAAUAUUUGGGAGAAACUGGUGAUGUACUAUGUUAACCAUGAAGUUGGUAAAUGCAUUUGAUGCUUGUAUUCUCUUUUAAGUUAUGUUUACAUGCUGGUAAUUUAAAGUGGGUGUAUACGUAUAUUACUAAUGUCUAUGGGCACAUUCCUCUACUUUACAUUUAUUUAUGCUCUUCUCUUUGUUUUUCUAAGGUCCCAGAAGGACUAUAUUAUGUUGUACAUUGACUUUGCAUUCCUGUUAUUUAAAACAUGUAAACCAGGUUUUAAUGGUGCAGAGAACUGAAAUGAUUUUGUCAUAUGAUUAAUGUUCUUACUUUGUUUAUUGGUUUGUGGUAAUUUUAGAGCUGAGCAUUCACUGGACCUCUUUUUGUUGUUUUUAAUGUUGCUCAUUGUAAAAGCAGUCCAGAUUUUAAAGAGAAGAAACUUCUUGUAUUGAAGAAGGAAAGAGACAAAAUAUAUCAGGAAAUUGCUGAGUUUUGCUUAGAGCUUGGAAAGCUCUUUUUUUAAAAAAACAAAAUACAAUUCUCAGAAUCAUCCCCCAGCAGUCCAGAAAGUAACUUUUCCAAGCUCUAAGUCUACUCUUCCUUGUGGGAACAGAAUAUUUUUUUACAUAUUGCUGCUGCUCAUAUUUCUUUUUCUUAUUUUUUUUCUGAAAUAUUUUAUCAUAUUUGCAAAAGACAUAUUUCUUACAAAAUUACUUUUUUGUGAAUCUUCUCUUCAAAAGAGAUUGGAAGUAUAUUCCCAAUAUUAUAGGAGAAAUAGUUAAUUGCUCACAGUUUUGGCUUGAAGUAUGAUUUUUCACCUUUAAUUAUCUGCAACUACAGCUUCUCUCCCACCUGCAUUGUUAAUAGUGGCAGAAUAUGCGCUUGCCACAAAGCCACUGAAGGUUCAUGUAGUGCAGGUUGAGUCAGACAUUGACAAACAUAGAUAUUUGGCUCCAUUUGUUCCUAUAGCUAGCAUGGGAUGUGCACAAAUGUGACUCAUAUUUUGUAUUUAAAUUAUAUGAAGAGGUGAUUCAUACAGUGGCAGAAAAAGAGGGUAAAAAGCAUUUUCCCUUCCCUUUUGUUAGCUCAUAUAUUGCCAAUCUUGAAACUUUCCACAGCAGGUAAAGGCAUUCUGCAGUAUGCAUAAAUGGGACUGAUCUGUAGAGUUUAUGCUUGUAACCAUUGACUUGAAAGAUGAUUAGGAGUGCUGGCCCUAUAGUAGGGGUUCAGUUUUCAUUCAUCCCCAUAUCCAGGCUUCGAUCUAUAGGAUGAUGAUUCAUCAGCUCUGCACUUGCCUUUAUAAUCGUUGAGGGAGCCCUCUUUUAGAGGAUGCAAGCCAAACACUCAGAAGGCUCUGAUUUGCAAGAACAAAACAUGGUGAAAGCAUAGCUGAAAAAUGGCAAAGAUCAGAAUUUAGCAAGGUCAGGGAGACACAAAAGGUUCUGCCACAAGUGCUACCAUCAUUCCCUUGAUAGGGUAAAAGAGGAGUAGAGCACCAUAUACUGGUGAUGAAGCUAAGCUCUCAUCAAAGAGAAAGCACACGUCACGAUCAACUGGCCCAUGCCACUCAUGUUAAAACUCCAGGAGGUAGCCAGAGGAGAUUCCAACAGAGAAUAGGUUGGGGGAUGAAGCUGGGGGCACUCCAAAGCUAAGGGCCAGCCGAGCUGCUGAUAGAAAGCCAUUGUUUGUGGAGUGAUUAUUGUACACUUCAGGAUCACAGAUGACUGCACAUAAUCUUUCUGGAAUGCAAGCAUCACUGAUCCUGCACACGUGUCUAAGGCCAAGAUGGUUGAGAAAAGGAUUGUUGAGCAGUUUGUUGAUCUUUUCAUUGUGGGUUUAAAAGAAGUGUAAAAAUAAAACCAAGGACAGAACUCUUGCUUUAUUGUUGAAUCAGUGUUAAUUUGUAAACGUUAAAAUAAUAAGUGCCAUUAAAAAUGUAUAGGCACCACUGUUGAAGGUUUGCACAGUUGGUUAACUGAAACAUUAAAGGGAGAAAUCUUUAGACACAGGGUACAAGCAUUUAAAAGGACUUUCACAAGUGUAAUAAAGGGUCAGUGGUAGGGACAGAGAAUUAUUGUUUUGUUUCCAGCUAAAGACUGUCUGUGUCCCUCUGUUCACCGAUAAACAGUCUUGCUUUCCUUUUAAUUAACACUAAGUAUUCCUUUUCUGCAUUGCACUUUAAGAUCUCAGCCCACUCCUUGAAGUCUUUCUUAUGCAUAAAAAGGUUUUUAGACUAGUUAACAUAUAUUUAAGGACUACCAAGUCAGAAAAACAUACUUAAGAACAGUUUACAGAGUGUUACCAGACAUGUCUCUGAUUUGGAAUAGUUCCAUGUGUCUCAGCAUUUGUAACCUAGCAAACGGUAUUUAUACUGUCCUUCUCAAAGAAAGCCCUACUGUCUUUUUAACCUUUUAUGUGUGUAUGGGGUGGGGAUCUUUGUCCAGAUUAGUGAGAUGACUUUUCUAAAGGCUGUAAUAUUGAUAUUUUAGUAAGUUCAGAAAAUUUCUACUAAUAAGAGCUCUGUGAGAGCAUGAAUGUUAUUUGGAUAUUUCCUUUUUUCAUUGAAUCGGCUUAAGAAAAAUAGGAUAUUCAAAAUUUUGGAAGAUUUUUCAAAGGAAAUCCUUAAAAAUAACUUUUAUGCAUCAAUUUAAUUUGUAUACAAUGUGUCUAAUUUUAGAAUAGCCCACACAGUAUGUGCAGCCUUAAAACAUAGAGGCAGUCCACUAGGGGGUGCUAUUCCAGCAAAAACUGGGUUUACUCUUCCACACAAGAGGGGAAAGCAACUUGUCAUAUUAGUGAUAGAAAAAAAACAUAAAUCUUUAUGCAUAUUAACAUUUAGGGUUUCACUCUGAAUCAAUGGAGUAAAGAUUUGCUAUUUAGAAUAAACCACCUCCAGGACAUUUUAUAGGCUGUAGGCUUAAAUUCUGUUGGAGAGUUUGGAACAACUUUUUCAUGCCCUGGACUGUGACUUCAAAAAAGACAUAGCCAGUCAAUAUAUAGAAUUGUAGAUCAUCUGCGGAUGGCACAAUUCUUUUGCUUUUUCCUUUGGCAUGUUGCAUUUUCUGACAUUGUAAGGAUGCCAACAUGAGAUGCCGCCAUUAUAAAAGUGAGCUGUCCAGAGACAUUCUUUUAACUGGUGAAGAACGUAAACCUUGUAGACAUAGAUCAUAAGCUGCAAGGACUUUAUGUAGACUUAAGUGCUGAGUUUUGUUUUGUUUUCCUUUGAAAUAGUGGGACUUCUUGGGAAGGGGACUGGGAAUCUACUCGGCAGUAUUGUUACAGAACACCCAUUUCUUUGUCUUCACCAUGCUGUGAAGAUAGCAUCAGAAGAUCCAUGGCAUGGGAACAACUCCAAUGUUCAGGCUCCAAGCAAUACCAGAGUCCCUUCCCAGAAAACAGAGCAAUGCCACCAUGGAGAGAUCACAGUAUGUUCUUUAGUCACGGGGCUUGACCUCCUCACAUUACCUUCACAAUGCAGAAAGAAGCUAUGCCAUAUUGCAAAGGUAAUAUGAGAAGAAAGGGACGUGGUGGAAGAAACUCUUGGAUGACCUCCAGUGAGAUGAGUCUUUAAUGAUAGCUUUGUGGAUGAGGUUUUUGGCGAUCGGGACCAAGUUUUAAAUUCCAGAAGGGCAAGAUAGGACUAGACUCUCAAUGGUUUACUUUGAAUGGAGAUGCAUAGUACUGCAAGCCUAUAUGAUUAGCCCUAGUUCCUAUGCCACCUUCUGUAGGGCCUUUCUUGCUAGUUAAAUUGUUCAUGAGUGGGAUAACUCAAGACUGCUAAAGUGGACCCCAGAAAGCAGUGAAUGCAACAGGAUUUAAAUAAGAGUAAGUUGAAUUUAAAUGAAAAUUAAAUGAUAGUGACAGUGAAACUUUCCCAUACAGAAAUAUUUUCUUCCCAGUUUCACAAGUUUAGUUCUGCUUUCGUUCAACUUUUUAUAUUCAUAUUGCAAUACAAAUCUCUGGGAACUAACUAGUGUUAAGACGAGAUAGAUGAAACACAACCCUCUCAAAGUGCACUGCAACGUAUGUACUUUAAAACAAAAUGUUGGUUUAUCAGUCAAAGGGGAAGGGAUGGGGAAUUGGGUUUGGGAGUUUUAAAUGUAUGAAUUGCAUGUACUUUUUGUAUUUUAAUUUUGUACAUCUAGGUGUCAGAUCAUCUGCAUGGAAGAUGCUGCAAUGCUGUGUCUGAGUUUGUAUGCUUGUGGUUUCUUAAUUUGUCCUUCUUUAGAUGAUUAUCUUCCCAGGAAAAAAAAGUAUAUCUUUACACUUAGGCAUUAAAAUAAAUUACAACAAACAGCCCAGUGGCCCUUUGUAUUCUUACAGAUUUUUUAAAAAAUUGUGAUUAAUUUGUUAGUGUACAUACAUUAAUUGCCAAUGACUAUUGUUGUUAGACAAUGAAUGCAAUAAAAGAAAUGUUGAAAACUC